UGUACUAUAUUUAUAUAUAUAAAGCAAAAGCAAAAACCAUCAAAGAGACGAUCAUUGACUUCACUUGACUUGAGGAUUUGUUUGUGAGAGGAGAGAAGAGCACUCAGUUUAGUUUUCCAUUUUGGCAAAAAUUUGAAGAGAAGAGCAACGAGCAUGGCUUAUGUUCCACCCCAUAAACGACUUUCAAAGAAGGAUGAUGGUCAAGGUUCUUCACGGAGUCCCUUACCAAAGCCAGAGUUGCCUCCAUUUCUGAUCAAGUACAGAAAUCCCAAACACAAGCCAUCUAGUUCUACUACUGCCCACUACCAGGACACGAGUUUUGAAGAUACAUUCAGAUGGUUCGCUGCUGGUUUGGAUGAUCAUCAUCACUUUCCACCUUCUGUUCAUCUCCAACCUGUAGCUGUGGAAUCCAAUGGAGAUAUCCUAAAGCGUCUAGCUUUAUUUAACAUCAUUGAUUCAGCUGAAGAAAAAAGUAGCAACGCAGUAACCGAGAGCUUUACAAGACGGCCAUGGGAGUGCAUAGCAGAAAAUGUUCUACCAGACUUGCUUUCUUGUUUUGAAAAAUUCAGGAGCAGAACGGAGCCUGAUCAGGACGAUGAAAAAGUUACUCCAAUGAUAAUCGCUAGAUUUGGGAAGGUUCUUUUUCGUGGGAGGUGUUCAGAUUAUGAACAAAAGUCUGUCACAAGAAUUUCGCUUUCUGAAAAAGCACUGAGGCCACUGAGAGGUUCAUUUUACACAGAUAUUUUGGAUUCAUAUGUAGAAUACUUGGAAAAAGAAGGUGCCUCAAAGAGUGGACUUGAAUUUGAACAAGAGAAAGAAGUGUUUCGUGUAGUUUUUCGUGAUGCAUCACAACCAAAUGUAAAUAUGUGGUGCAAAUGUAGGGUACUAGAAGAUGGAAAGUUUGAUAUAUACAAGAUUGAACAUGUCUAUACUCGUCACAUGCUCAGAGACAUAUCUUGCCUUGAAAAGAAUCUGGACAUGAGGCUGGAUCUAUCCACCAAAAGAACUGUAACUACUUUUACUGAUGAUGACUUGGAAAGCCUCAAAAUUUUGAUAAAUUCUGCCGUUACAAAAGUUAAGGAUGAACUAAUAUGCUCCUGGGGAAGUUCAUUUUUUGGAAAAAAAUUUCGUGUGGUUGCAUCAUGUCUAAUAAGUAGUAAAACAUACAAAAAUCAAACACUAAGGCUUAAGAUCAAAGAUGUUGAUCGGUCUCCGAGCGGGGAAGCUACAAGGGAAGUUGUUGUAAUGCUGAAAGGAGUAGCUUCAGAAUUAAUGAAACAUGAUGCUGAUAGGAAUCUCAUUAGUGAAAUGCUUCAGAAUGACUUGAAGGUUAUAUGGGACAACAUUCUUUGCUGUGAGCGCUUUCCAGAAGAUAUCAAUGGUAGAUCCAAAUGGUUUCCUGUGGGUUUGGAUGACCGUGAUCAGUUUCCGCCUUCUGUUCAUCUCCAACCCUUUUCAUUACAAUCACCCCAGCAGAAAUAUGUUUAUUUAAAGCCUCUAGCUUUAAUUAACACUGAUCUACCUGAACAAAGUUGCAGCAGAGUAAAAGAGAGCUUUACAAUGAGACCAUGGGAAUACAUAGCAGAAAAUGUGCUGCAAGAGUUGCUUUCUUAUUUUGAAGAUUGGAGGAGUGAAAUGGAGUCUGAGGACAUAAAAUCUAUGGCAACUGUAAUGGUUGUAUUUGGCAAAGUUCUUUUCUUUCGGCCUUCAAUCAGUCAAGAAUCUGUCGCGAAAAAAUUGCUUACAGUUGACGAACUGAAAUCGCUGAAGAAAUCAUUUCACAGUGAUAUUCCUAAUUCAUAUGUGGAAUACAUUACAAGGGAAGGUGCCUCAAAGAGUGGACUUGAGUUUGAAAAGGAAAAAGAAGUAUACCAUGUAUAUUUUGGUGACAGCAGAGAACCAGAUGAUUUUUUUUGCAAAUGUAGGGUACUAAAAGAAGAUAAAAAGCUUCAAAUGUACAAGAUUCGACCCUGCAACAGGGGCUAUAUGCUCAAUUUAAUAUCUUGCCUUGAAACGAAUUUGGAUAUGAUACUGGAUGUAGUCACCAAAGAAACUAAAACUGAUUUAACUGAUGAUGACAUGAAAAUCGUCAGAGACUUGAUUGAUUCUGCUAUAGUAGAUAGCAAUGUUCAAGGUGGUCUGAGAUGGCCCUUGGGGAAGACUGUUUUUGGAGAUAAAUUUUGUGUUGGUUUAGUCUUGCACACAACACGUAAAGUAUACAAAAAUUCAUCGUUGAAGCUGAACAUCAACGAUAUUGAUCUGUAUGAUUUUGAGUCUUCAAAAGGUCAAGCUAGAAGGGAUGUUGCUAUGUGUUUGAAAGGAUUAUCUUCAGAAUUACUGAAACAAGAGGUCGAUGCGAGUGUUAUCAGUGAGAUGCUUAAGAACGAGCUGAGGGUUCUAUGGGACAACUUUCUCUGUUGUAAUCAUAUGCUCGUACGUACUCCUUUACUUCUACCCUUCUAGACUUCUCAUAAUUUGGCCAUGUUUUUUUUUUUUUUAUCAUAUGUAGAUAUACAUACUAUGAAUACGAUUUGUUAAUACCGUUUUGUAUUGUAUUGUAGAAUGAAGUGAAAAUGCAGAACUUUCAAAACAAUAAAUAAAUGAAACCCAGGAAUUAUAUGAUAA